GCGGCGGCGGCGGCUGCGGGCGGGGGUCGCGGCCCAGGCGUCAGGUUCGGAGCUGGGUCCCCGCGAGCAGCGCCCUGUCGCCGUGUGACCCCUCGGCGGGGGCGCACCUCGCUCCGCGCCUGCGCUUUCCGGCAGGGCUCCCGUCUUGCCCAGCUCCACGAGGCCCCUGCCAGCAUGGCAUCAGCCGGAGACCCCGCGGCGGGCUCUCGGGACGCCGCCGACCAGAACUUCGACUACAUGUUCAAGCUGCUGCUGAUCGGGAACAGCAGCGUGGGCAAGACGUCCUUCCUCUUCCGCUACGCCGACGACUCCUUCACGCCCGCCUUCGUCAGCACCGUGGGCAUCGACUUCAAGGUCAAGACCGUGUACCGCCACGACAAGAGGAUCAAGCUGCAGAUCUGGGACACGGCGGGCCAGGAGCGCUACCGGACCAUCACCACGGCCUACUACCGCGGGGCCAUGGGCUUCCUGCUAGUGUACGACAUCGCCAACCAGGAGUCCUUCACCGCCGUGCAGGACUGGGCCACUCAGAUCAAAACCUACUCCUGGGACAAUGCCCAAGUCAUCCUGGUGGGGAACAAGUGUGACCUAGAGGACGAGCGGGUUGUCCCUGCCGAGGAUGGCCGGAGGCUCGCUGAUGACCUCGGGUUCGAGUUCUUCGAGGCCAGCGCCAAGGAGAACAUCAACGUGAAGCAGGUGUUUGAGCGCCUGGUGGACAUCAUCUGUGAGAAGAUGAAUGAGUCUUUGGAACCCAGUGCCAGCCCUGGAAGCAACGGGAAAGCCCCCGUCCUGGGGGACCCCGUGCCGCCCCAGCCCAGUGGCUGUGGCUGCUAGGGGGGCCCUCGGCCCUCGCCUGCCUCAUCUGCCUCCUCAGGGACUGUGACCCACGCCCGAGCCAUAAGGGCUGUUCCCAAGCUCAGGGCCCCUUCUUCACGCCUGUCUCCUCCUCCCCACCCCAGCAUGGCUCACUCCCUCUCUGUGUCACCUCCAUCCACAACCCCAGAGGCUCAACUCAGCACCGCAGGCGGCAGCAGCUGGGGAUGUCCUCAUGCACAAGCUCGCUGCUUUCUGAGGCCUUUUAGCUGGGUGACUGUCGGCAGCAUGUCCCGCCAUGCCUGAGGAAGAGACCUCCAUCGUGCCUUUUGUUAGAAUUUUCUGGGGGCAUUCUGUGCAGGGCAUUGCCUGGUGUGUAGAGUCCAGGGAAGGUGUCAUGAUGCAGGUUCUCCAGGGGGAGGCAGAGGCAGCCCCUCUUCCUCAGGUCCCCCACCUUAGCCUUGAGCCUGCCCUGUGAGCCCCUAACUGAAAAGGCUCUAAGAUGAAAUCACAAUUUGGGGCGCCACAGGCCUCUCUCUCUGGCUGACAGGUUGAAUAGUAAGGCCCGUUUUCCUAAUACAGAAGGGACAAGGAGCUGGGUGCGGUGGUACGUGCCUGUCAUCCCAGCACGCAGGAGGCUGAGGCAGGAGGACUGCUGAGAGUUCAGAAGUCCAGCGGCCCCUGGCAUCAGGGACUCCAAAAGUGCCUUCAGGGUUCCCUCUGGCGCCCACGUUACUCAUGUCAAGGGGCCGGUCCUGGAUUGAGUUCUGGAAUUUGGCUUGGGCCACACCUUAGGGAUUUCUCUCUGCCUGGUGUUAACCUCGGAGCUGAGUCCAGAGCCUCCCACCAGCCCGGGCUCCAUCUGGCUGGCUGUAUUUUAAGUAAGAUCUUUCUAAAUCUCACAUCCUGCCGACAAGGGACUUGGGCAACAUUUCCACAACCUGGGCCCCCCUCCCUUUCUUCCUCCCUUCCCUUCCCUUCCUUCUCUGCGGUGCGGGGGGCUGGGACCAGGGCCUCACCCUAACGAAGCUGGCCUGCUGGCCCUCUUCCCACUGAGCCCCAUUGCAGCUCCUUUCUAAUUUUGACACAAGGUCUCGUCAGGUUUUUAGGCCGGGCCUCAAAUUUGCAGUCCUCCUGCCUCAGCCUCCCAAGUAGCUGGGAUUCUGGGUGAAUGCCACCACGCAGGGUUGCCUGUGACUUUCUGAUGUCAGGGCUCUGGCUUCUUCAAUUCAGAGGCUCAGUAUCUGUUCCUGAGCUCUGGCAUCCAUGGGUUCAGGGAUGUGACUUUCACGCUUGCAGAGAAGUCCCUUAGGAGGGGUUCUGCGGGGCGUCAGGAGGAGCCACAGGAGGGGUCUGAAGCUUGGGUUUUUUGGAGUGCCAGGCUGUCCAGUUAAUGGGGCAGGCUGUGACCAGUGUCAAGGAGUCCCCGAAGUUGGGGGUCCUAACUGCUGGGGACACCCUUCCCCCCCGUGCCAACUGGAACCCCAGAACAGGACCGGCGCUGUGUGGAUGGCCUGAGGAGAAAGCUUGUGUCCCCAGCUCCCCGGCGGCAUGGCAGGGACUCCUCCCCGGGGUAGUGUCACAGUAGCAACCCAUUUAGGUUCAUUUAGGUUUAUUUUUAGAUCACUCCAUGUACCCCACACCAGGGGCUGCCUCUAGAGCUUUAUAUAAUGGAGGAUAUUUUUGAACAAGAAAUUGAAUGACUGCCGGAUGUGGUGGUACACGCUUGUUAUCCUAGCACUGGGGAAGCUGAGGCAGGAGGGUCACUGAGUUCAAGGUCAGCCUGGGCUGUACCUCGAGGCCAGUCUUAAAAACCAAAAAAAAAAAAAAAAAAAUUCAAGAGUUGAGUUUCAAGAGGCAUCUGCUUUGGGGCUUCUCUCAAACCGAAAAUAAUGUGACAAAAAUAAUUUUUGCAUGUUUCUUUUAAAAAAAUAAGGCAGAUUUUUUUUCAUGGUGAGAUUAGACAGGGGGAGAGAUCUCACCCAUGCCGGUCACUGGGACCUGAACGGGUGCCCUCCUCGGAGACCACGGCACGGGAGGGACCUUUGCAGAGUUUAGGGACACAAAUUUCCAGGCCAUGCGUGGGGGCGGGGCGGGGGCUGGGGGCGGUGGUCCCGGCCCUGCGCAUGCGCCCUAGCGCCGCCCCAGCAGCCCGCGCGUGCGCAGUGCCGUGGGAAAGCCGGGACGUGGCUCCUGUUUUCUUUCCUGGUCUCGGUCCCGCCUUCCCUUCGCUCCUGCCUCUGCUCCGCGGAGCGCUGCUUCCUGUACUUCAAACAGCAUGUAAACGACAAACUGCAGGCCGGGUCUGGAAGGGGGGCCCCGCCGCUCGUGCCCGGCCUCCCCGCCCCUUCCCCUCCGGGAGCUCUGCAUUGGCGUCCCUUCCUGUCGGGCUGGGAACGGGCAUUCCCUUCCACUGAGAAAGAAUAAAGCAUCACGCCAAA